ACGUAACGAUUUAGUAAAUUAAAAACACAAUCAUGACGUCACGCAUAAGUUCCAUUCAAUGUAAUUUGAUCAAUGUUUGCGGGUUCAAGAGAAAAAGACGGACUCUGCAAAAUAUAUUGUCAUUAUCCCUAUUAAUAAAAUAAUAGACCAGCCCAAGGGACCGACACGAUACAUCAAAUUACGAGCGACUGAUGAAAGUGAAAGAAUAUCGAUUAAGUGAUAGGGACUACUUGGUUUGAGAGUAAGUACUUAUUAUAGUUCCCUAUCGCCUAUUAUACCCUCUCUAUACAAACUUUUCCUGAUUCAACAAUAUAAAACGAUCCAUGCCCACAAAUUACGUAUCACUGUACCUUGUGAAGACGUGGGACACACAGCAAAUAAGAUGAGUCUUAUUACUUUGGUGCUUUCGACUUGCCUGGUCAUGACUGUUGCUACGUCCAGCGCACCUGACAAGAGAAGUGUGAUCAGCAUUGAGCCAGUAUCGUGGCCCAGUGUAUCUGCCUGGGUGCAGGGAGCGCAGAGCCAUGGCACUUGGUCAUCCGACACCAGCUCGGACGUAGCGGGCGCGGUAGCAGCGGCCAAGGCAGCCGCAGCGGCAGUGAUGGCGGCCCAGCACGAGGUCGCCGCUGCGAAGCACGCCGCCCUCGAACAGCAGAGUAUGGCCAGCGCAAAGGAAGCUGCGGCUGCUCGGGCCGCGCAUAAAAGCGAGGAGGCAGCACGGAACGCUCGCGCUCAUGCUUUAGAGGCGGCCCAGGCAGCAGUACAGGCGCAGGCACAACUGGCUGGAGCUAAGGCUCGUGCCGCGGCUGCCCAGAAGAUAGCUGCAGCUAGAGAAGCGGCAGCUGCUAAGGCCAUACAACGUGCAGCGCACAACCAGGCCGCUAGACUGCAAAACGCUGACUUGGAAGCGUUGAAGCUGUCUGUGAUCCAGAGCUCCGGGGCGGCGGGAGCGGCCGGCGCCGCCCAGCACGCCGCCACAGCCGCCGCGGCCGCCCUUCGACCCCAAACCCCUGAGUGGCCAGCCAAACCGUGGGCAUCCUCCGCCUGGAUCCCUGCGGCCACAUGGGGCUGGUCUUAACUUCCUAAUCAUUGACGAUUUCUAAUACUUCGAUGUCGUCCUAAUUAAAUGAUACUAAGCCACCUACACCAGCCUUUAAAGUUGUGAAGAUUUUUUAUUGUUUAUUUUGAUUUAUGUUUGUCUGGUUUGCAUUGCAUAAAAUGUUGCUUUUGAAUUUAGUUGUUUAAUUUCUAAUAAAUGUUUUUGAUUUUA